CCCAAAUACACUCGAAAAUGAAAUUCCAUCGGAUAAUCCACCAACUGGCUCCGAGGAGUUUCUUCCUCUCCCUCCAAUUGACGCCUGUCCGAAACGGAAAUGGCGCUGAGCUUCUCCAUUAGCGCCACAAUUUUCCCUCCAAAUCAAGGUUUCUCCUCUGCUUCCUUGCUUCGGCUACUGCUGCUUGCUUCCCUACACCAUUCCAUGGCGCUUCAUCUCUUUCCGCUUCCGUUUCAGAGGAAUCGAAGUUCAAGAACAGAAAGACUGCUAAAGGGAUCGAGAAUGCCAGAAACCUCGUCAAAACAUCCAGGGUUCUUUCCCUCGCGACUUCUCCGCACGAGUCGUUGCAAAAGGGAAACUGGGUCAAGCUCAUCUGUGGUGCAAGCUUUGAGGAUGUUGUGGAUAUCAGGAAUCUAUCCAUGGUUUACACCUUAGCUGGAGUCGAUUGCAUUGAUUGUGCUGCUGAUGCUGCGGUGGUGAGUGCUGUUAACGAAGGAAUCGACGCUGCGAUGGAGGUUGUGGAGCUUCGGAGGCCUUGGGUUAUGAUAAGUGUCAACGAUGACGAUGAUCUGCAUUUUCGUAAAGCUGGUAGGUGCAAAGAGUGUUUCAAAAACUUCCUAACUUAGGUUAAAAGGUUGGGAGACUUGCUCCGAAUUUCAUUUAGAGUUUGAGAAUGAGAAAAGAAGUAACCGAAAAUUCCAAUUAGGAGAAUGUUCAGGUGUUCUAUUGCAACCUUCAAGAGGCGCAGAGAGAAUUUUGGAGAGAUGAAGUUACAUAAACAGGUCCAAGUGUUAUGCUUGAGUAAUAGAAGAACUGUCUGCUCUUGCUUGGAACCCUUUAUGGACCUUUGUCAUAGGCUCUCAGUGGGCUUUAAAAGCUCCAUUCGACAAGUUUGCUUUGAGGUUUUCAUUAGUGUGUAACGUGGACGAAGGAAUCUGUCCUAACAAGUUCAACACGACUUCUUUAGAGGAGAUUCCUUGCUCAUCCAUCAGUUAUUGCAGAGUUUGAUCCGGACGAUUGUCCGAUGGAUUGCUCGAGGCCAUGCGAGCUUGUGUGUCCUGCAAAUGCAAUUAAGUUAGAUGAUCAUGGUGGAGUCAUAACUGAGCGUUGUUAUGGCUGUGGUCGUUGCUUCCCAGUGUGCCCAUACGACAAAAUCAGAGAGGUCACAUAUAUAAGAGAUGUUGCUACUACUUCUGAGCUCUUGAGGCGAAGUGAUGUCGAUGCCAUUGAGAUACAUACAAGCGGAAGGCAAACUGAUCCUUUCAAGGAGCUAUGGGAUGGUUUAAGAAACUCAACUGAAUGCAUGAAGCUAGUAGCUAUUAGCUUGCCUUAUACCGGCGAUUCAACUAUGUCUGUAAUGAAUGAAAUGCAUUCUAUCAUGGAGCCUCAUCUAAAAUGCCUCAACUUAUGGCAGGUCUGUUGAAACACUGCAUAAUUAUGUUAGAGAUGGCUUCUUUAUGCGCAUCUCUUACUGUUAUAAUCUCUAUCUUGUAUGUCUUAUAAUGAACAAAGCUGGAUGGCCGCCCAAUGAGUGGUGAUAUUGGACGAGGGGCCACAAGGGAGUCGAUUGCAUUUGCUGUUCGAUUGGCUGCUGCUAAAGACAGGCCUCUUGGUUUCCUUCAAUUGGCUGGUGGCACAAAUGCUCACACGGCAGAUGGAUUGAGAAAGGAAGGGCUAUUCCAGACAACCUUAGGGAACUCAAACGAUGUGAGAUCAGUCCUUGCUUCACCUUCCAGCGCUUUCAUUGAUGGUGUUGCUUAUGGUGGGUACGCCCGAAAGAUUGUAGGAAGAGUGCUGAGCUCCAUGCCAUCACAGCAGGGUCCCGGCUCCAUCGAGGAUUAUCCCGAGCUUCUGGUGGAAGCACUAGGGCUGGCUCUUGGCUUGGUUGGCUCCCACAGGGACCAUGCUCUUAGCCAGAAGAAGUUAUUUGUGGAUGAUGUGGAAUUGAGAAUUGAUGAGGUGGAAGUCAGAGGAUGGGCCAACUAACCGAGUAACUAAGCUGUUGGAAGAAAUGGAGUAGAUGGUAUGGCCCUCUCAUGUAUUCGUCAAGUCAAGGUAUAGGUAUGGUGCCUCUCUCUUCCUCCAGUUAUGAUGUAAAACCUUACCCAACUAUAGAAAACCUAAAUGCAAGAAGAUGGAGAAUAAAGUCGAGGAGCAAGUGACUGGUUCUCGACAUUUCUCAAGUAGAUCUAGCGUGCUAGUUAUUUUGGUUGUAAUAGCGGUAAGAUUAUUGAUGUAAUUUUCAUUAGCACUCCCGUGACUAAGAAGAACGACAAAGUCCACAAAUUGUGAAUGAGGGCCAGUCUAACUGGUGAGUUGGCACACUUCCUAUGGUAAAAUCGUGUGUUUGAUUCUUUGUGACAAAUGGCAUUCCUUCUAGUGAUGGCAAUUUGA